AAGAUUCCCACGCUGAACAACAUAAUAUGUUUAUCAUUAUUCUUAAAUAAUUUAUUUCCAGUACUCUUAUUUAUUAUUUGCAGCUAUUUCAACAUUAAAAAUCUAUCAUUACACCUAUAGAUAUAAAGAAUCCGGUUAACUUAUAAAAAAGAAAAGAAUCAGCGGGAUGCUGUGUGUGGUUUAAUAUAGCAGCCAAACGAAGGGAGGCUACUAUAACUGACGGAAGUACAAAUAGCAAUUGGAGGUCGCAUAAGGUCAGAACUUUGAGGGAACACAUACACUAAGGCAGACAUCAACAGAUAGCACAGUCACUUCUUGUCAAACACAACAGGAAGAAACGCUGCACUGCGAGGAUGCCGACUGUACCAGGUGCCUCCUAUGGCCUGCCAAAGGCCGAGGGUCUGUACAGCCCAGAGUAUGAGAGCGAUGCAUGUGGAGUGGGCUUUGUUGUGAACAUCGAAGGGAAAAGGUCUCAUAAGAUUCUGCGCGACUCAGAGACGAUGUUACGUCGUAUGGAGCACCGCGGGGCAUGUGGCUGUGACAACGACAGCGGUGAUGGUGCCGGUGUGAUGACUGGCAUCCCACAUAAACUCUACCGAAAGAUCAUGAGUGGCCAAGGCGUUACACUUCCAGAUGAGGGGCGUUACGCCACAGGACUUAUGUUUAUCGAGAAAGAUGAGAGAAAAGAUAUAGAGGAAGAGUUCACCAAAAUGGCCACACAGUUUGAACUUAAGGUGCUGGGUUGGCGGGUGGUAGAUGUGGAUGAGACGUUCUGUGGGGAGGUGGCCCGCACCCUGGAACCUCUCAUACUCCAGGUGUUUGUUACUGGUACAGAAGACAAAGCAGAGUUUUUGAGACAGGUAUACCUGCUGAGGAAGUAUUCCACCCACAAGAUUCCCGAGAAGGGCCUCCGAUACUACAUCUGUGGCCUGUCAACAGAGACUGUCGUAUACAAGGGUCAACUGAACACAAGCCAGCUAUGGGGCUAUUUCCGGGACUUGAGUGAUCCUGACUUUGAGACCCACAUCUCCCUCAUCCACAGUCGCUUCUCCACCAACACAUUCCCCAGCUGGGAACGGGCCCACCCCCAGAGGUACUUGGCCCACAAUGGAGAGAUCAACACGCUGCGGGGCAAUGUGAACCUGAUGGCCGCCCGGGAGGGUGUGAUGCACUCCCCGGCGUAUGGGGAUAGGCUGAAGAACCUCUACCCUGUCGUGGAGUCCGGCAUGUCUGACUCCGGCUGUGUGGAUAACGUCCUGGAGUUCCUCUGUAUGGCAGGUGGUAGAGAGCUGCCAGAGGCCAUAAUGACCAUGGUUCCAGAGGCGUGGCAGAAUGACCGGACAAUGACCGCAGAGAAGAAGGCCUACUACCGCUGGAGUGCCUUUGCUAUGGAACCCUGGGAUGGACCGGCCCUGCUGACAUUUACUGACGGUCGGUACAUCGGAGCCAUUCUGGACCGUAACGGCCUUCGACCAUCAAGGUUCUAUGUCACCAAGGACAACCACAUGUACAUGUCCAGUGAGGUUGGGGUUACUGACUGCAAGAGUCCUGAUGUCAUACAGAAGGGGAGGUUGGCGCCAGGGCGUAUGUUGCUGGUGGACACGCAGGAGAAAGUGUUCAUGAAGGAUGAGUUGAUCAAGUCCCACCUGGCCAACCUCAGGCCUGUCUCCCAGUGGCUGCAAGAGACUCUGUCCAUGUCAGAGCUGCGGCAGCAUUACAGCCUAGGUCGCAAUAAGCGUCAUUCGAUUGACAGGAUGCACAUGGCGCACGGGAGUUGCCUAGAGGAGGAUCGCAGACUGCCCAUGUUUGGCUGGACCACAGAGGCUCUCAACAUGCUUGUACUGCCCAUGAUCAGAGACAAGAAGGAGGCCCUGGGCUCGAUGGGUAAUGAUGCACCCCUCGCCUGCCUGUCCCUGUACAAUCCCCUGGUCUUCGACUACUUCAAGCAGUUGUUUGCUCAGGUCACCAACCCUCCCAUCGACCCCUUCAGGGAGAAGAUCGUCAUGUCUCUGGCCUGCCCAGUUGGUCCAGAAGCGAACAUUCUUGAACCAAGUGCAGAGCAGUGUCGUCGCCUGUGGCUGGAGCAACCCAUACUCUCCCUCUCGGACUGUGACAUGCUCAAGUACACAAGCUACAAGGGAUGGAAGACCAAGAUUCUGGACAGUGUGUUCCUGGUGUCUAGCGGGGCGGUGGGGAUGUUGAAGGCCCUCAACAAGCUGUGUGAAGAGUCUGAGAAGGCUGCCGAGGCCGGGUACCAACUUCUGGUUCUCUCUGACCGCACAGCCGGCAAGCAGUAUGCCCCCAUCAGUCCACUGUUGGCAGUAGGUGCUGUUCACCAUGACCUGAUCAAGAAGAAGCUCCGACUGAAAGUGGGGCUCAUAGUGGAGUCCGGUGAGGCCAGGGAAGUACAUCACAUGUGCACCCUACUGGGCUACGGCGCAGACGCCAUCUGCCCGUACCUUGUGUUUGAGACAAUUGCCCGUCUGAGGCAGCAGCACUUGCUUGACCCACCCCUGCCAGAUGAAGAGAUCUUUAUGAACUUCCGGGCAGCCUGUGCUCGGGGCAUCUCCAAGGUUAUGGCCAAGAUGGGCAUCUCAACACUCCACAGCUACAAGGGAGCCCAGAUAUUCGAAGCUGUUGGGCUUAACCGUGAUGUGAUGGACCUGUGCUUUACGGGCUCUGCCUCCAGGAUUGGGGGAGUAGGCUUCACACAUCUAGCAGAGGAGACCCUGCGCCGUCACUGGCUUGCAUAUGCAGAAAUUGAGUGUGACAGUCGGGUGGUGAUGAAUCCUGGCAACCUUCACUGGCGGGACGGUGGGGAGAAACACAUCAACGACCCUAUGUCUGUCGCUAACCUUCAGGAUGCAGGACGGACAGGCAACAAAGAUUCUUAUGCAAAAUUUACUGAGACAGCGCUAGAUGCGGCCCGACAUUGCACACUGAGGGGCCAGAUGGACUUCCGCUUCUCAGAGAAACCCCUGGACCUAUCGGAGGUGGAAGAGGCUGCAUCCAUUGUGAAGAGGUUCUGCACUGGUGCAAUGAGUUUUGGCAGUAUAUCUAUCGAGGCUCACUCAACCCUGGCUAUUGCAAUGAACCGUAUUGGAGCGAAGUCAAACACGGGUGAGGGUGGAGAAAAUGCGGAUCGCUACCUGAACGAGGACCCCAUUAACAACAAGAGGUCCAAAAUUAAGCAGGUGGCUUCAGGCAGGUUUGGCGUGACCAGCUCGUACCUGAGCCAUGCUGAUGAGAUCCAAAUUAAGAUGGCUCAGGGAGCCAAGCCUGGUGAGGGUGGUGAGCUACCUGGACAUAAGGUGUCUAAGGACAUUGCGAAAACACGUCACUCUGUGCCUGGAGUUGGCCUGAUCAGUCCACCGCCCCACCACGACAUCUACUCCAUUGAGGAUCUUGCGGAGUUAAUCUAUGACCUGAAGAGCGCAAACCCUGCAGCCAGGAUCAGCGUAAAGCUUGUUUCUGAAGUCGGGGUCGGAGUGAUCGCCUCCGGAGUGGCCAAGGGUAAAGCUGAGCACAUUGUGAUCUCGGGUCACGAUGGGGGAACUGGGGCCAGCAGCUGGACGGGUAUUAAGGGGGCAGGGUUGCCAUGGGAACUUGGUAUCUCGGAGACCCACCAGGUGCUCACCAUGAACAACCUUCGGUCUCGCAUCGUCCUCCAGGCAGAUGGGCAGAUACGCACAGGUCGUGAUGUGGUGAUAGCGGCCAUGUUGGGAGCAGAUGAGUUUGGAUUUAGCACAGCGCCUCUUAUUGUGAUGGGCUGCACCAUGAUGAGGAAAUGUCACCUUAACACCUGUCCUGUAGGCAUAGCAACACAGGACCCAGUGUUGAGAGAAAAGUUUGCCGGUAAACCAGAACAUGUGAUCAACUACCUGUUCCUGAUAGCUGAAGAGGCCCGAGAGCUGAUGUCCCGGAUGGGAAUCAGGCGGUUCCAGGACCUGGUUGGCCGCACAGACAAACUCAAGUUUUCACCCAAUCCCCAUAACCCGAAGGCAAAACUGCUGGAUUUCUCCGCCAUACUGAAAAAUGCCCUGGAUGGCCGCCCUGAUACAAACAUUGUGGGAGGUUCUAUGUCCCAGGACUUCCAAAUGGAGAAUAGACUGGACUACAAGGUGAUAGAGCAGGCUAGAUCUGUGAUUGAGGGAAAACAGAAGCAGGUGGUGAUUAACAUGACCAUCACAAAUGAGGAUCGGACGUUUGCGGCCACACUCAGUAACCUCAUCUCCAUGAAGACUGUAGAGACUGGACUGCCAGACAAGAGUAUCUUGAUCAACCUGAAGGGCUCGGGUGGCCAGAGUUUCUGUGCCUUCCUGGCCAGGGGGGUGCAUGUCACCCUGGAGGGAGAUGCAAAUGACUACGUAGGCAAGGGUCUGUCAGGAGGUGAAGUGGUUAUCUUCCCCCCCAAGGACAUGCCGCCAGCCUUCCGCUCUGAGGACAACAUUAUUGUGGGCAAUGUAGUCCUGUAUGGGGCUACAUCAGGCAAGGCCUUUUUCCGGGGUCAGACAGCUGAGAGGUUCUGCGUGAGGAACUCUGGCGUCUCCGCUAUCUGUGAGGGGUGUGGUGACCAUGGCUGUGAGUACAUGACAGGCGGCAGAGUUGUAGUCCUUGGCAAGACAGGCCGUAACUUCUCCGCUGGCAUGUCGGGAGGAAUCGCAUACGUCUACAACAAGUGGGGUAACUUUGCGGAUAAAUGUAACCCAGAAUCUGUUGCCUUGGAGAGCCUGGAGCUAUCUGAGGACGUCACGUUUGUACGCAGCUUUCUGCAGGAAUUUGUGGACAAGACGGGCUCAACCAUUGCACAGCACAUCCUUGACAACUGGGCCACCGAGAGGGCUUGCUUUGUCAAGGUUUUCCCACAUGAGUUCCGGCGUGCUCUUGAUGAACAGACAAAAGAGGGGGCUGGGUCACUUGCAGAGGCCCCUGUCCCCACCCCCCUGGGGGACAAGCCAAGUCCCUUUGGGGAAAACCAUGACCCGAAGAAGGAGGAGAAGGACAUCGAGACACCAGAGAAUGAGUACAUAGAGGAACUGAUUAACCCCAUUGAUGAUAAUGACCCCAACAGGAAAGAGCCCGACAUAGUUGAGGCUGCUAUAGAAGAGGAGGAGGAGGGGGCAUCGUCGUCGGACGAGGAACGAAAGGUCAAGGCCGAUGUGAACAAGGAGACCGAAAAAGAGGCGGAGCCAAAGGUGGAACCCACCAUUAUCGAUAUUGAGGAAACAAUUCGGGAUGCUACAAUGGAACAGAAGAAACUAGAUAAACUCAGAGGGUUUGUGAAAUACAAGCGGGCGACAAACCAGUACCGGGACCCAGCGGUUCGCCAGAAAGAUUGGAAGGAGAUCUACAACCACCGUGCUGUGAUGGAGGGUCUGCGCACCCAGGCUGCUCGCUGUAUGGACUGCGGGGUCCCCUUCUGCCAGUCUGACCAUGGCUGUCCCCUCGGCAACAUCAUACCUAAGUGGAACGACCUGGUGUUCAGGGGUAACUGGCAAGAGGCCCUGGCCCAGCUAUUGCAGACCAAUAACUUCCCUGAGUUUACCGGCAGAGUCUGCCCCGCACCAUGUGAGGGUGCUUGUGUGUUGGGUAUCAACAGCCCAGCAGUGACGAUCAAGAACAUAGAGAACACUAUCAUCGACUACGCGUUUGAACAGGGCUGGAUCAAGCCCGAAGUACCCAAAACAAGGACAGGCAAGAAGAUAGCGGUGGUUGGCAGUGGGCCUUCUGGUCUUGCAGCCGCAGCCCAGCUGAACAAGGCUGGUCACUUGGUGACAGUGUAUGAAAGAAAUGACCGUGUUGGAGGACUGCUGAGAUACGGAAUACCUACCAUGAAACUAUCAAAACAGGUUGUUGACCGUCGUGUGCGGUUGAUGGAGGCCGAGGGUAUCCGGUUCAUGACGGGUGUGGAAGUGGGCAAGGAUAAACUGGGCUCCAACCUCAUACAGGACUAUGAUGCCACGUGUCUGGCAAUGGGCUCCACCUGGCCCCGUGACCUUCCCAUACCCGGUCGUGACCUGGAAGGCAUUCACUUUGCUAUGUCCUUCCUGGAGACUUGGCAGAAGAAGCAGCAGGGGAAUAACCUUGAGUACCUGACCUUGAACGCCAAGGACAAGGAUGUGAUUGUGAUUGGGGGCGGAGACACAGGGUGUGACUGCAUUGCAACCUCACUCAGACAUGGAGCCAAAUCUAUCACAUCGUUUGAAAUCUUGCCACCUCCUCCCCCAACACGCGCUGCCAGCAACCCCUGGCCAACCUUCCCUAGGGUGUUCAAGAUGGACUAUGGCCAUGAGGAGGUAGAACUCAAGUACGGAAGGGACCCUCGCAUCUUCAAUAUUGGCAGCAAGGAGUUUCUGGACGACGGAAAAGGGCAUGUAUGUGGCAUCAAGACGCACCUUGUUGAGUGGACAAAAGAUGCCACCGGUAGAUGGGAAAUGCAGGAGGUCCCAGGAUCAGAGAAGGUUUAUAAGGCAGACAUGGUUUUGUUGGCAAUGGGCUUCCUUGGGCCAGAGAAAUCAAUCCUGCAAGAGAUGUCUGUGAAGACCGACCCCCGUGGCAACGUGAACACAGACAAGAACAAGUAUGCCACCAGCAUCCCGAGCGUGUAUGCUGCAGGAGACUGUCGUCGUGGCCAGUCACUGGUGGUGUGGGCUAUUAAUGAGGGCCGUCAGGCAGCCAGGCAGAUAGACCUAGAUCUGAUGGGCAAAACUUCCCUUGCUGGGCCGGGUGGUAUAGUCUUCCAACCAGAGUAGACCGGCUGAUAGUCCACAAAUUCCAUUAGGCCUGGCUUGAUGGUUCAGUGUACCAAUUAUAAAAGAUUAGAACUGAUGGUUUAUUUUAGGCACUGUUCAGUGGUAGAAUAUAUCAUCAGAGGUUGACAAGGCUUGCUGGUAAUGUUAAUGAAAUGAAAUGAAAUGCUAAUUCAUACCACACGUAUGCAAACUAUUUGACUGUCUUGCCGUGGAGUUUGAUAUGUUGCAACAUUCUACAUACUUGUUAUGGUGCAUUCUUCAACAACAACGCCAUUCGGUUUUUAUUUAUCAUGAACAAAUUGUUGUGAACUUUUGUCUAUCAUUUGUAUUUUGCAAAAUGUAAUUGGGUCAAGUUGCAUGCCUUUGCUGUUUUGAUGUGUUUUUGUAGCAUUGAAAUAUUUUUUAAAUUCUAAAUUAAGAUUGAGAGGCUUGUUAAAGGUCCAAAACCAAAUAUAUAUAUGUGCAUGUUUACAAUUUAUUAAUUUUUUUUUAAUAUACCAUCUAAGCAGAUAUUUAUAUUAUUAUAUUUAUUCAUUUGUUAUGUCAGUUUUCGAUGAAUAUUAUUGCAGUUUUUAUCAUUUAUUUUUAGACUUAGCAUCAUAUCUUUUUAUGGAUAUCGUAAUGCUUGGGUGUUGUUCUGUAGAGGAUGUUGGCUAACUGAAUGGUUCUGAGUAGCAUUUAUUGUCUACUGAUUUCAGUUGAAUUAAGCCUGGCUCCAGUAUCACAAAAAACUGAAGUCAAAUCUUAAUCUGAAUCUCAUUUAAGUCAAAUCUCAAUCUCAACUCAUUUUACCAUAUUACAAAUAAAGCUAUUACUCUUUUAUCUUUACACUCAUCUUAAAUGCGUGUUUCUUCAUAGAAUAUGGUGCUUAAAAACUUCGGUCAUGAUUUCAAAGAAAUUUAUUAUAAGAAAAUGAGAACAACUGUCAACUCAAUUUCUUAAGUAUAUUUUUUGCUGUAGAAUCAAUUGUCUUUGAGACAUUGACAAAAGUUUGUAUGGACACAUUCUUCAUAAAAAAACACACAAAAAACAUGUACAUUUUUAAUCAUACUAUGAUCUUAUGUGGUAAAGUAAGCCAAGAUUGAGAUUUGACUCGAGUAUUUGUGAUAUUUGGGCCUGGGCACGAUCAACUGAUAUUGAUGGGUUAUUGCAUCUACUGGUACCAUAUAUCGUGGAUAUAAGUGCUGUCUCCCACACUAGAGUGCUACAACAUGUGCGCAUCACCUCAGCAUGUGAGCCAUCUAUCUCUGCACUAUAGUCUUCUAGAUCUGUUACAUGUUUCAUAUAAAUAUAUCAGUUUGUAUCACUAACGAUUA